UGGGUGAAAACUGAGAAACAGAAACUAGAAAUGGAAGCCCACUUCUUAAUUUGUUCAAUCUCUCUAGCCCAUUCUUUACUCUCUUGUACAAGGGUUUCAAGCUUGUAGGAGUUCAGAUAUACUUCUUUCAAAUUUAAUUUGGCUUCAAGGUAAGAGCAAGAUAUCAUGCUUUUUAGUAUUUGAUUGAUAUGAGCAUUAGUAUGUUCAGAUGCUCUUUGAAUUGCCUAGAGGCCACAAGCCUGAGCCAUGGCUGCUCAAUUGUUGCACUCGUGAACCUUGAUUCUUUUAUUCAUAUUGCAGAUUUCUAGGCUUGAGUCCUGUAUCCAGGUAUUGUUCAUGGUUUGAAGAAAAUGUUAUUUAGAUAAUAUCUGUCCUUGUUAUUCGUCACAUCUUAAUGGUUUUUGUAGCUACUGGAUGAAAAUCCAUCAUCAAGUUUUUUCUUUUGAUUUGGUUUUCUAGUGUUUAUUUCUUGCUUCUACUUGUCUCUUCAUAUACCUAAAGAUGCCCUGUUACAUGAAUAGUUGCCUAUAUGAAAACAUGGAUUCAACUACUUUCUCUUUCUCCAACCCAUUUUUAAAGACAUUUGAUUGGUUGGUAAGUUCAUGAAUAUUGCUUUAUUUGCAUUGUUUAGGAUUAUGCAUGUAUCUAUCUCCAUUUUGCUCGAUGAUGGACAGAUUAACUUUAUUGAGUGGUUGCACAGAUUAUUCUUUAAGAGUCUUUAUCUACCAUGGGUGGGUGUUGUGUUUGUGUGGUGGUUGGUGUAUAAAGACUUUUAAUGAAUGUCAUUGGCCUCAGUCCACAUAUGAUUAAUUCUAAGCUUUGAGAUCUGAGGGCAUCUUCUUGUUACAUUUUAUUUAUGGAUCAAAACCCCCAAUUGGUGCAGGGAACUCCUCCCUUGAAAGGGAAGGACCUAAUCAACUUGGCCAAAGCACAUUGCUCAAUCCUACUUGCCAUUAUAUUCUAAUUCUGAUAGUUGGCAUUGUGUUGGACUUUCAAGAAAUACAUUUGGUCUAAUGGUAACUCUAUGUAUUGUUUCUUGUCGUGCAGUUUACCAAUACAAUAAAAUACAAGAUACUCACAGACAUUGGUAGCAGUUCAAUGCAAGAUGAGCUGCAUACUUACACCAAUAAUACUAAAGCACAAUAUGUUGUGAACAGAAGAGGAAAGAAAAAAACAAAGACAUAAAAAAAUGCCCCCUCACUCCCUCUUAUAAACAGAUUCUAUUGUGAUGCUCAGACUCUGUGAAUCAUUAAUGGAGAAAGAGACUGUCCCAAUUCCAGGGUAAAAAUCUUGAUCACAGAGAAACUAAAAUGGAAAGACACGUACAGAGAUUCCUAAACAAAGUAUCAUUUGUAUCGAUCACUGUAGCCACACUUACUCUCCUCUUCUUCUUCCUCCAAACCCCAAAAACAUGCAUCCCACCCAAUGCUCCCCAAAAGCCUCACCUUAGAUUCCCCAAAUCCAUCUGUGACUCUUCCCCUCGACACUAUCUCCCUCUUCCCAAGAAGAAUGCCUGCCUCUGGUCCUCCAAAUCCUGGAUGACCCAGGUCUCUUCCUUUACUCAAUUCUUCACCUAUCUGUACCAAAUGGGUCUCCCAAAGAACCACUCCAAAGUCCUCUGUGUUUCUGCUGGAGCUGGCCAUGAGGUCAUGUCUUUAACCAAAAUGGGUCUUGAGGAUGUUACAGGUAUUGAACUGAUAGAGUCCUUGCCUUUGGUUAGCAGGGCCGAUCCCCAUAAUCUUCCCUUCUUUGAUGGGGCUUUUGAUGUUGCCUUUACUGGUCAUUUGCCUGAGGCUUUGUAUCCCAUGCAGUAUGCAGGGGAGAUGGAGAGGACUGUGAGAAAAGGUGGAAUGUGUGUGGUAGUCGUAGAUGAGGGUGGUGAUGAGGAAGUCAAGGAGAUUGUUAGGUUGUUUAGGAGGUCCAGGUUUCUUGGCUCUUCCAAUGUUACCUUGAAUGGAAGAAAAGUGACCAGGAUUAUAAUGAGAACUAAAGUUUCUUAAUCAGUUAUUUUAUUUAUUUUUUUUACUUUGGUGAUUUAUUUGUUGUGUUAAUUCUAUGUUCAUUUGUGUAUAUUUUGUUGGUUAUGGUAUAGUAAUAUUGUUUGCGGGAAUACUUUUUUAUGUAUGGAAAAAUCAAAUUUUGAUACAGAUUCAUUGAAAUGCAUG